AUGACAGCAUACUCGAGCGCCGUUAGGUGGUCUUUGCGCUUAUUUAGAGGCGGUUUGCUCUUUGGGUCCCCAAGGCACCUGCAGAAGGCGGGGACCUGCGUAAGUAGCGGCGGAGGGUGCCGCAGUGGUAGUGGUACACCGCCACCACCGCCGCCGCCCGCCCACUCGACACCCAGCACCGACGCCAGCCUCGAAAAGCUGCAAACCCUGUGCGUGCAAUUGAGCGGCAAUCAUCACAUUAGUCAGCAUCAGCACCGACAGAAUCAGCAAGAUAAUAAAUCCAGUUCUUCGUCAACAACCACCAGCUUGUUGCCGGACUACAUCCGGAGAAGCAGCAAUCAUGAUUCGGAGGCGGCGGGUUUAGUGGUGGAUUUGUCGGGUGUCGGAGGAGGAGGAGGAGGAGGAGGCGGCGGAGGGCGGAACAACGCGUUGCCGCCGGAUGUGGCGGCGUUGCAUCAAUUGGGUCUGUUGAGCUCCAGUGACGUGAGUCGGUGGUUGGCCAAGAGACACAGACCGAAAAAGUUCAUUUGUGAACAUUGCCAGGCAGCGUUCAGCAACAACGGUCAGCUCAAGGGACACAUCCGAAUUCAUACAGUCAUUGCGGGGAUGACAUUUUUCCUUUUUGGGCGAGCUUUCUCCUAUGAGAGUGGGAACAAGUUCAUCGGAUUGACUAAUUUCGGAUAUUCGAAAUCAACACCUGAGGAUUUUUCCAAAUUUUUCUACCAAUUUUGCUUCACAUCCACGUCGGCGUCAAUUGUUUCUGGCUCUGUGGCUGAGCGUGUGAGCUUCAUCGCAUAUUUGGCAUAUUCAUCCGUGAUCUCAGGAUUCAUUUACCCAACGGUGGCGCAUUGGGCGUGGUCACCAGACGGCUGGCUAGUGGACACACCCUUUCGAGAUUUUGGUGGCAGUGGUGUUAUUCACUUACCGGGCGGUGCGUGUGCCUUGAUGACCUGUCUCAUACUCGGCCCAAGGUCAGAUCUGCUGAACCCGGUCACUGGCAGACGCCGCGUCAUCCGCGGACAUUCCACGCCGUUGGCUGCUCUGGGAGGUUUCAUCCUGACAUUAGGAUUUUUGGGAUUCAACUGCGUUUCACAAGGACACUUGUCUCAUCCUGGGGAUGGUGUGAUCAUUGCUAAUACUGUCGUUUGCACUAUGCUGUGUGCAUCUGCUGGUGGCCUGACCGGCUUGUUCCUUUUCCGCAUGGGACUCUUCGUCAACCGUAACAUCGAGGAAGAGUCGUGGAGUCUCCUCAUGACAAUCAACACGGCUUUUAUCGCAAUGGUUGCAAGUUGUUCUGGGUGCGACACUAUAAGGCCGUGGGGAGCCGUUUUGGUGGGUGCAGUGGCAGCUUUCAUAUUCCUCGGAAUCCGCCGACUGACCACGAAAUACAAACUCAUUGACGACCCGUUGGACUGUGUUGCGGUGCAUUUCGGAGGAGGUUGGUGGGGGUUGAUAAGCGCGGGUUUGCUCUCUAAGCACGGUCUCUUUUAUUCCGGAAACCCGUCGAUGCUUAAAUGGAACAUCGUGGCUGGAUUUUGCAUCACUAUAUGGAGCAUGGCGAUGAGCGGUUUGCUGUUUUCUGUCCUACGUUUGUUCGGAGUGCUCCGUGUGCCACUUGACUCGGAAUACAGGGGAGCUGACAUCGUGAAGCACAAAGAGGAGGCUUACCCGGCAGUAUCUUACGGCGAAGGACCUUACCAGGAAGACCAAUUCGGAACACUCCCAAUGAGAAUGAAGCCCUCCACUGCCAGUGUUCUGAGACGCAGGAAGCAAUCCGUGGAAACCAGCGAGGAUAAUCGUUUAUCACGCUUGAGCUUCCCGAUGCACCUGAUCAACAAUGUUGAGUCAAUCGGCGAAACCAUCAAUCGGGGUCCUUUAAGCAGGAAGGGCAGUGCAUCGAAUCUUUGUGCCGCCGCUCGUGUGGAAGACGGCGAAGUUUUCAAGUUUCUCGAAUCCAAGCUCAAAAAGGACCGCUGUUGUUUGACGGAUCCCUGUACUUGCAAUGCGGACUACAAGAAGAUCGACGAUGACGUGAAGUACUGAAGGGUUUCGGUUUGCGAUCAGGGAAACGGAUUGACGUCAUUCAUUCACGUACCGCGAGAGAUGAAUCUCAUCGGAAGAACACUUAUGACAAACGGAAUUUGAAACGAAACGAAUGCUGAGUCAAUCGAACUAAUAACAAACGACGGAUUUUGAAUGUUUCAAAUUUUGAAUCCCGCAGACGAUUGGGAUUUUUCUAUGAUCUCAAAAACUUCGUCGAAUGAAAUUGGCUCAUGAGACGCGAACUGAUUUUCUGCGCGUGACAAUAAUUUUUUGACAAUACAUUUUCGAAAUUCUCUUCCAAAUUUUUCUGCAAAAAAUUCUUCCUUCUGUUUUCAUACCAAUUCAGUAUCGAAAAUAAAAAAAAUACAAUAUACAGUAUGUACAGUAUACAUUUAUUGAACGUUUAAGUUCUUCCGUAGGCCGCAGGUAACUUCAGGACACUUUCGUUGGGUUUAAAAUAUAAAUAAAAAAUUUCGAUGCAAGAUUGAGCUUGUAUGUAAUGUAAGUAUAUCAAAUAUGUUAAUUGGUUUGAUGUCUAUUUAAGUGCUUCUCGUAGGAGUCCUGCAGUAUUAUUUUGUCAAGUUGUUAUAUGG